UUGUAUUGCUAAUCUUCAAUAGAUAUAUAAUCUACUUCACUCCUAAAAAGAUUUUGUGCAAAUUGCAAGAUCAAGUUGAAAGGAAGAUGGAAGUAAAUACAGACAUUGUCAUCGUUGGAGCUGGAAUAUCUGGUCUUGCUACAGCUUUAGCACUUCACCGAUUGGGAAUAAAAAGUUUGGUAUUGGAGUCAUCAGAUAAGCUGAGAGCAGCUGGAAUCGCAUUCACAACUUGGACUAAUGCUUGGAGGGCUUUGGAUGCGCUUAAGAUUGGCGACACACUCAGGCAACAGCAUGGCGAGCUAUCUGGGAUAUCAUCUUUAUCUACAGUUACAGGGGAUCUGAAUUCAGAUAUUACUUUUACAGACAAAGGAAACAAAGGAAAUGAUCAUGAAGUUCGCUGUGUGAGAAGGAAAAACCUACUAGAAGCACUUGCAAAGGAAUUACCAAAAGACACAAUUAGGUAUUCCUCCAAGGUGGUCUCUAUUGAGGAAGUUGGGUUCUCAAAAAUAGUACACAUCGCCGAUGGUUCCAUCUUUAAGACUAAGAUAUUAGUUGGAUGUGAUGGGGUAAACUCAGUUGUGGCAAAAUGGCUAGGAUUCAAACAACCAGCAUUGACAGGAAGAUCAGCCAUAAGGGGCUGUGCAUAUUACAAAGAAGGUCAUGGUUUCGAACCCAAAUUUCAGCUCUUUGUUGGAAAUAGUGCUAGAUAUGGUAUCGUUCCCUGUGAUGACACUGCUGUUUAUUGGUUUUUCACUUGGUCUCCAUCUGCUCAAGAGAGCAGAACACUCCAAGAAGCUGAUCAACUGAAACUGAAGCAAUUUGUGCUUACUAAACUGGGUAAUGUACCAGAUCAAAUAAUGAGUGUAAUAGAAGACACAAGAGUGGAGGAAAUAGUGCGUUCUCCACUAGGAUAUAGACCUCCAUUGCAGAUACUAUUUGGCAACAUAAGCAAAGACAAUGUAUGUGUAGCAGGUGAUGCAUUUCACGCGAUGACACCAGACCUUGGCCAAGGAGGGUGCUCAUCUCUAGAAGACGGCAUCAUUCUAGCGAAGUGCCUCGCUGAUGCCUUACGAGAGAACUCGAGCAGUCCAGGAGAGAAUGAUGGAUCCAAGGAUGAGUAUAAGAGGAUUGAGAGUGGAUUGAAGAAUUAUGCAAAGAAGAGGAGGUGGAGAGCAAUUGAUCUCAUUUAUACAGGUUAUGUAUUGGGCUGGAUACAGGAGUUUGAUGGGUUUGGAAUAAGGUUUCUGAGAGAGAAUUUUCUUUCUGCUUAUCUUUCUGGAUUCUUCAUUAAGAAGGCUGAUGUUGAUCCUAGAGAUUUUGUUCUUGAAUGUUGAAGUUCUUGAACAGAAUGUUUGCUGUCUUGUUUUGCCUGUAAUAUAAUGUUUUAUGUUGAAUAUUAAAUUGAUGAUUGACUAUGUUGUAUGAUA